AGGCUCAAGAAAGGAGCUGUUUGUGCUUUUUCUACCACUGAGGCCGUGGGCCCUGCGCUCAGCUGCAGCGGUCUUUCUGUGGAGAAUGUGACCCCAGGCUGCUUUCCUCAGAGCCAAGGAGGAUGGAGGGACGUUUGUCUGUCCUGAGGCUGCAGGCGGGAGGGGUUGAGCACAGUAAGAGAGGCCUGGAGGUGGCUGGGGGCAGCUGGCAUGUUGUGGGGAAAACGAAAUCCAGGCCAAGACCUCUAAGGGGUUGAAGAGCAAACCGCGUGCAGGUCUGGCUUCCGGGAAGCUGGGACUUCCAGACUAGGGUUGGGGACUUGGGAUCAGCCCUCCACCCACGAGCCCUCUCUAGCCCUGCCAGCCGCCCCGUAAUUUUGUGUUCUGAGUCAUGGGAAGAAGACAGGACAAACACACCCUGAGAGUGAGACGAGGCCACUCCUAGUUUGUACUGCUUAUAAAGAUUUACUGGGACCGGUGAGGUGGCAGUGCUCAGAAGCAUCCGGCAGGAGCUUCUGGCAAACAGGACGGAUUUCCAGGACUCUACCAGCUGCCAGACACGGCAGGGAGAGACCCCAGACCUCCUGGGUCCUGGCUGUGGGCCCAGAUUGCGCUCCCAAGUGGCGUUUGACUCACGUGGGGACCCUCUUGGAAGAGACGACACCAGGAGCCUGAAUGGGGAACGAUUCUAUCAGCUACGAGUAUGGGGAUUACAGCGACCUCUUGGACCUCCCUGUGGACUGCCUGGAUGGCGCCUGCCUGGCCACCGACACGCUGCGCAUGGCCCCGCUCCCGCUGUAUGCUGCCAUCUUCCUGGUGGGGGUGCCGGGCAAUGCCAUGGUGGCCUGGGUGGCUGGGAAGGAGGCCCGCCGGAGGGUGGGUGCCACCUGGUUGCUCCACCUGGCCGUGGCGGAUUUGCUGUGCUGUUUGUCUCUGCCCAUCCUGGCAGUGCCCAUUGCCCAUGGGGGCCACUGGCCAUAUGGGGAAGUGGGCUGUCGGGUGCUGCCCUCCGUCAUCCUGCUGACCAUGUAUGCCAGCGUCCUGCUCCUGGCAGCUCUCAGUGCCGACCUCUGCUUUCUGGCUCUCGGGCCUGCCUGGUGGUCGAAGGUUCAGCGGGCGUGCGGGGUGCAGGUGGCCUGCGGGGCAGCCUGGACGCUGGCCUUGCUGCUCACCAUGCCCUCCGCCAUCUACCGCCGGCUGCACCAGGAGCACUUCCCCGCCCGGCUGCAGUGUGUGGUGGACUACGGUGGCUCCUCCAGCACCGAGAACGCAGUGACCGCCGUCCGGUUUCUUUUUGGCUUCCUGGGGCCCCUGGUGGUCGUGGCCAGCUGCCACGGUGCCCUCCUGUGCUGGGCAGCUCGACACCGCUGGCCACUGGGCAUGGCCAUUGUGGUGGGGUUUUUUGUCUGCUGGACGCCCUACCACCUGUUGGGGCUGGUGCUCACUGUGGCAGCCCCGAACUCCGCACUCCUGGCCAGGGCCCUGCGGGCUGAACCCCUCGUCGUGGGCCUUGCCCUUGCUCACAGCUGCCUCAAUCCCAUGCUUUUCCUGUAUUUCGGGAGGGCUCAACUCCGCCGGUCACUGCCAGCUGCCUGUCACUGGGCCCUGAGGGAGUCCCAGGGCAGGGAAGAAAGUGUGGACAGCAAGAAAUCCACCAGCCAUGAACUGGUCUCGGAGAUGGAGGUGUAGGCUGGAGAGACACUGUGGAUGUGUAUCUUCCUAUCCCAUUUCACAAUGCUGGCUUCAGGCAUAGCUGGAUCCAGGAGCUCACUGAGGUCUUCAUUUUAUUCCUUCAUUCAACAGAUACCCAUUAUGCACCUGCUAUGUGCAAGGCCUUUUUAGGCACUGGAGAUAUAGUAGUGACCAAAACAGACACAAAUCCUGCCCUCAGGGAGCUGAUAUUCUAGUGGAGGAAGACAGACUUUAAACAAAGAUAUACAGGGCCAUUUGCGGUGGCUCAUGCC